UGUCAUGGGAAGAGUCGUGUUUGCUGCUGUCCUGCCCGGUCAACCACAUCUGGACUCCCAGAGGGGGGAAAAAACAUUCUCUGAUCAUCUGGAAGAGAAAAAAAAAACAUUUAAAACUGCUUCACAUGCAACAAGAAGAAGAUUUAUACGGAUAAGAAAGUGAUCGAGCAUUUUUUUCUCCCUCCCUACUUGAUGCUUGAUGCUUAGACACGGCAACAGCUCCGGACCCGCAGCGAUGGUUUGACUUUACUCCCUGCGCUCUCGGUCCAGCCCGCGCGCACUGGAGCUGCAACUUCACUAAAAUGAUGCUCAACUUCUCCCUGCGCUCACUGGUUCAGCUUACAGCUGUUGUAACAGCUCUUACAGUUGCUGACAGUCAAAAACUUGCUGAAGACACAGGGAUCUUCUCCAAUCCAUCCCCUGUUUAUCCCAUCAUUACCUUCCAGGCCCUCAAUGCUGAUCAUGUGAUUCUGAGACAGGAUGGUCCAGAGCCAUCAUGGAAUUCCACCCUGAAAGUUCAGGCUCAGACUUUUCUCAUAACGGGGCCAGGUGCCGGGAUUCUCCAGCCAGUUAUCAAGGCUUCGUUUGGCCCCCUGGCUGUGGAUGCAUCCAUUCCUUCAGAACUGCUCCUCAGUGGACGCAGAAUUCUUGCAGCCAUUUUGGUCCGCCAGGUUCGCUCCUCAUCCCCUGUUGUCAAGAUUCUCUUCCACAUGCCCACGGAAAGUAAUAUUACUCUUGGGCAAGAAGCAACCGGCUCUAAAGGAGAUAGUGAGAGGAAAAAUAGUGGGACAAAGGCUAAGGACAGAGCUCACUGUGUGACAGCAUAUGCCUUCUGGGAGACGAAGGAGGUCCGUGGAGCUUGCUUGGUGUCUCCAGGUGGAUUCUGCAUUGCACAGCUGAAGCCAGAGCCCUCUUGGUUCAAUCCUACAAGUAGAUCUGGAAGCUCUAGCAGGGAAUCUGAAAAAAACGAAGGAAUCAAGGGACCCCAGGGGAAUGUGGUGGAAGUCUACUUUCAAAGUAGAAGGGACCAGGCAGGCCAAUGUGCUCCACAGGAUAGCCUGCAGAGAGUCGGAGUAGGAAGAGGGAGAGAUUCCGAGGGAUCAGGAACUCCCAUGAAGCGAAUUGGAAGUGUAACCCUGCUCAGAGCUCCACCAGGGAACCCCACCUUCCUUCGGCUGAGGCUUGGAGGUGCUGUGGUGAUCCAAACUUCUUCCAAACCUCUGAAGACCAUGGACGUAGCAACUUUCUACAUUUUUCUGGCUAGUACAUCUACCUUGGAAACGUUCACACUUAGGGCAGCAGUGAAAGCAGGGCUUUCCUUCAGUGCAGCUCGGCCCAGUGACUCAACACUGUGGGAUAUUUUGGUGGAGCCUGGCAGAGGAGCCAAUCCCAACACUGUCACUGUUGUCUGCCGCAGGAAGGCAGAGGUCACUGCAAAAAGGGGUCUUCUGGAGGUUUUACAACUGGACUUUGCACCAAAAGAUGUCUCAGAGCAAGUUGAGAGUCAGACCAUCUCUUGGCGUCUGGAGUUGCCAGGGAAUGUCAGGGAUGUGGGCUUAAUGAGGAUCUACACCAGCCACAGAGACUACGUGGGGCUGGCACCGCUGGUGAUGACCACAGAUGUCUUGAAUACUGCUGUGCUGACGGGUAAAAUGGUUACAGUCCCUGUGAAAAGUCUGUCUGUUGAGGCGAAUGGCUCUGUCUCUGAUGUCACAAACUACACCAGUUGUAGUUCGACUGAGGAAGAUAUAGUCAAGGUGUCAGAGUGCUGCAGCUACAUUUAUGUUAAUGGGAAGGAGACAAGAGGGAAAAGCAGAGUGAUGCUCAACUUUACCUAUGGCUUCUUGAGUGCUCAGCUGGAGAUGAGUGUGUGGAUGCCUCGCCUGCCCUUGCUCAUCGAUGUGGCUGACCCCGAGCUUAGUCAGAUCAAAGGUUGGAGGGUCCCUGUGACUACUGGCAACCGGAGAUGGAUUGAUGACCUAUGGAUUAACAUAGUACUGGAAUUACUGUCUACAUGGGACAGUGAGGAAGAGGAGGAGAUGAGGAAGGGCAGGGGCUGCAUGCUGCUAUAUCAGCAAUCUACACUGAGAGUUCUCACACCAUUUGUAGCUCAGCCUGAUGCUGAGGUCCUGGCAAAAACACUCACAGGGAAGGAGCCUGUUGAGUACUUCCUGGGCUCUGACUGGCAGGUGGACGUAACCAAUCUUGUGCGCAAUUCUUUAAAAGUAGCGGAUCCUGAUGUAGCCAGGGUGCAGGAUGGCAUGGUACUGCAAGGACGGGCUGUGGGCACUACUGUUGUCCAGGUGCUGUCCCCUCUGACAUCAUCGGUUUUGGCUGAAAGGCGCAUUAGGGUGCUGGAUGAUAAAGUGAGUGUGACAGAACUGGGGGUGCAGUUGGUGUCUGGACUCUCUCUGUCCCUUCAACUCAGUCCAGGGAGCAACAAGGCUAUCGUUGCCACGGCAACCACACGGGACACGAUUACACAGCUCAAACAGGAAGCAGUGGUCAGCUGCUGGGUUCAGUUCAGUGACGGGGCGAUUGCUCCACUGGAGCUGUUUGACCGCAGCAUCUACUCUCUCACAGUCUCCACCCCAGACGAGAGGGUGGCCACGGUGCGCCGCACCCCACAGUCCACAUUCGUGGUUGCUCAAGGUGAAGGCGAGGGCCGAGGAAAGCUGGUGAGAGUGGAGCUGAGGAUCUGUGAAGAAUGCCAAAAAUCAAAGAGGAAGAGUAAGUUGGCAGUGGGCGCAGGGCUUCUCAAGACCAACUUCCAGAGUGGCAGAGCUGUAGCAGGUGAAGGAGGCGCUGACAGAAGUCAAAAUUUGGAAGAAGUUGUUGAUGAACUGAAAACAACAGCAGCUCCAAAAAGCGCUGUCACAAUCAGUGAUAAAAAACUGCUCAGAGGCACAAUACCAAAGCAACAAUCCACAACAACUUUUUCAACUAACUAUGUGCAACCACAUGUUCUUUGGAUUGGAACUGGCAAACCUACAAAAGGGACCACCUUUACUGUCACUAGCAUUGGGACCCCUACAACUAUGAGGAAACUGGACUUGAACACUGCUAAACCAAUAGUGAAUGUUGGAAAUACAGGAGAUGCACAGAAGAAAAGGUAUGGAAACAUGCUUGACAACUCAAAUUCACCUCCUAACAGUUACAUUCCAGGAGCAGAAACACCCAAGAAAGAGCCUCCUAAAUCUAGAACCCCAAAAGUAAUUGAGAGUGACUUAAUUAGGACAUUCAGAGCUAUGUCAGAUUUGGAAAUUGGCAUGUAUGCCUUGGUAGGUGUCUCUUGUGUUGCUAUCUUUGGAUUUUUGCUAAAUUGUGCAUCACAUAAACUCUGUUUCCGGACUCAGAAGACUCCUAUACAGGGAGCCCCACCACCCAGCAUGGACCCAAAGGAUCACAAGCAUGACUGGGUGUGGAUGGGGAGUGGCAAUCAGGGUACUUGUACCCCAGGUGCCCCAGCUCAGACAUCCACACUAAAGCGCGAGCCUCAUCGUCCUCUGGAAUCCUGUCAUUCUAUAGAUUCCAUGGCCCUGGAGAGCACCCUGCCCACCGUAACGGCCCCUGCUGUCCCAGAGAGGACUGCCACCCUGGGGCGCAGCAGGACCAGCUCCCAGCAACAUCACAUUCAAGGAAAAGCAGUCAACCCCAUGGCAAACCGUUCAGCCACCUUGCUGGCAAGGCCACACCGCAGUGAGCCCCUACAUUCUCCCACCAGUAAGAGAAAUCAGGUCCAGUUCACCACCUUUACCACACUGGACAUCAAGCACUUGGCUGCACUGAAGAAGAACGGGGUUGACUUAAAUUGGCCCAACCAGCAGCCGCAACAAGCCUCUGCUGAGCCCCAGAUACCUUUACCUGACAUGCCAUGGCCUGUAGUCAAACCUGUUGAGUCCCAGUGAGUUUGUUGGAGUAAGUGUUGACACAGAGAGAUUGAAAAAUAAUGCAUAUUCUAGUAUAGAAUAAGACACACAUUUUUUUAAAUUUUUUUUAUUUAUUGAGAUUACAUUAAUGACAUUUUAUAUCUAUGCACCACAAAGAACCUUAGCUCAAAAGGUCCCCCUAUUGCCACUCUGUCCAAGAUUAACUAUUGUUUAGUCUCUCUAAUGUUUAUCUUCUGUAAUUACUUUCUAGAGUCUUUUAAUCACUUUUACCAUAAUGUUCACUGUAGCUUUGUGAGGUAGUUUCAUCGUCCUAAAGAGAUACACAGUACUGGGAACAGGAGUCCAGGAUUAAUUUGGAUGCUGUUUGCCAAUAGAAGGGAUACUGUAAGCUCUUGAUGACACCUCCUGAAAAUAAUCAAGUAUUUCUUCAAAUGAAACUGAUAUUUGAGCAUAAUGUCAGUGGUGCUUCAAAAAAUGAGUGCUCAGUGCAACUCUAUAAGGAGAAUUUGUAAUGCUGUUCUCUUAAUAGGUUAGCAUGUUCUUGUCUUCUUUUCCUUUGGUGCAUUUCAGCCGCCUCUGUAGAAACAGCUUCAAAUCUUGAUAGUUGUUAGAAUAAAUGCAGGAUGGAAGGGACAAUAUUCUUGUAAAUAAUAAUAUACUCUUUUCUAGCCUUUUGUGCUUAGGAUUCACCCAGAGAAUACUGAACCUGUGGACUUUGUGCAAUUUAUCAGACCAACUUCAACAUUUAUAAGCCUAUUUUAGCAGUCCUCACCAGAUACUUAUUAAAAUCCAAUGCAUGCCAUGCACAUAUAAUCCAUGCAGCGUUUGAGAUAGACAUAGUCCCGGAGUUUUCUACAAAGUUUCCACAGGCUUCAGGCUUCUUUUGGGAACUACUUGUAAAAUUAGUAAAACUGUAAACUUCAUGAGUAAAACUGUAUAAUCACAGUGCAAUACAUAUUUGAGUGUAAGAGUUUUUUUCAUGUGUUAAUAAAAAUUAUAAUGCUUUUUCUAUGUAACAAUCUCCUAUUUUUAAACCAAAACCAAAUGUGAUGUCCAUUUCCCAUGAGUUUCUAUCAAUAAAGCAGAAAUAACACACAUUUGCUAUAGUUGAAAUCAGUUUAAUUCAGUCAUUGUAUUAAAGUGGUACACUGAUUCCUGGGAAAGCACAAUGACGGGUUUGGAUUAUAGGCUAAAGCUUUGCCAUGAAUCAGUGGAAUUUAAUUACGUUUAAUGACUGUUGACUGUGAUUUAAGGCUGAUGUCAUCAUUCUGCAAAAUGUCUUUCUGAGAGCGACGUAUUUGAUGUGCCUGUCAACAUUAGGAUUCUGAGCUGCUGCACUGAAUAACUUUUAUACU